AUGCAGCCAGAAAAUGUAAGCCCAAGGAGAGAAAAUAAUUUGGAAAUUACAGAAACAAAUUUCACUAUUCUGGUGGAAUUUGUUCUCUUGGGCUUUUCUGAUAUUCCCAAAUUCCACUGGUUUCUUUUUGGAGUGUUCUUGGUCAUCUAUAUGAUUAUCCUGUUGGGAAAUGCUAUUAUUAUCCUAAUAACAAGAGUAGAUUCCACUCUUCAGACCCCCAUGUAUUUUUUCCUCAGCAAUUUUUCCUUCCUAGAAAUCUGUUAUGUAUCUGUCACACUUCCCAGAAUGCUCACGGACCUUUGGACCCAGAAAGGAACUAUUUCUUUUUUUGCCUGUGCUGCACAAAUGUGCUUCUUCCUUAUGCUGGGAGCCACCGAGUGUUUCCUUCUGGCCAUGAUGGCCUAUGACCGCUAUGUGGCCAUUUGUAACCCUCUGCACUACCCUCUUGUCGUGAACUACAAUGUCUGUGUCCAGCUGGUGGCUGUCUCCUGGAUCAGUGGAGUUCCAGUUGGGAUAGGGCACACAUGCCAGAUUUUCUCUCUGCCCUUUUGUGGUUCCAACCAAAUCAACCACUUCUUCUGUGACAUCCCCCCAUUACUGAAGCUGGCUUGUGGAGACAUUUUUGUGAAUGAGAUGGUGAUCUACAUGUUUGCUGUAUUGUUUGUCACUGUUCCCUUUAUGUUGAUACUUAGGUCCUAUAGCAGAAUUAUCUCUACCAUCUGGAAGCUGCCGUCAAACACAGGACGGACCAAAGCAUUUUCAACUUGCUCUUCCCACCUCAUAGUUGUAGUUUUAUUCUAUGGAUCAGCCACUGUCACCUAUUUAAAACCUAAAUCCAACCAGUAUGAAGGAACAGACAAACUGCUCUCUCUUUUCUAUACCGUUUUGACCCCAAUGUUUAAUCCUCUGAUAUACAGUCUGCGGAACAAAGAUGUUAGAGAGGCACUAAGAAAAUUUCUUCUCAAAUUAUCAGCAUUGUGA